ACUCGAGCGGACGAGCAGGACCUAGACGACGACCUGUAAACGCCCGGCCAGACUGAGUCAGAUCAAGUGGUAGGCCUGCUCAAGCCCUGGGCGUGUACGGGCGCGACUGAGAGACGGACUGUUAAGUGAGUGUCUGGCAAUGUCUGAGUGAUCGCGGAUCAGGUUCGAGCCCCUGGGAGUUGGAAAGAGAACCAGCUUGAUCCAUUCCAACUCAGCGUGAGAGCCUUCUUGUGGACGUCACCAUCAUCAACUCAAUAACGUUCGACUCCAGCUGUCGAGAUUGACGGCGUUCCAUGGUGGAUGGACGGGUCCAUCGAUCCAUCCAUCCAGGACUCCCAUCGACCAACGGGCCUCCAUAUUGUUCGGAUCAUUGAGCUAGUCAUUGGGUCUACUCGCCCUUAGACGCGCUAUGAGGCCAGAGGUCAUCCGAGUACCCUACAUGCGCCCCAGCCGGAGCCGUCUUCAUGGCCCAUCUCAUUAGCCACUGUCUUAGACUCGGUAGCCAUGGCGGAUUCGGACCCUUUGGGCCUAGAACCGCCCGUCGUGUCGGAUCCGGACCCACCUCUGCCCGCUAGUCAUGAGCCCGAGCCAUUACGACCGGGCCCGGCUUCGACCAUGGGCAGUGGGCCGAUUCACCGCUCACCUUCGCCCCGAUUGCCCGGACGCGGCACGCAUCAACGCAGUGCCAGUCAUGGUGGGCGACAGCCCAUUGCGGGCAUGCCACCCUCGGUGCUCAAGAAGCCCGCGCAUCGGGGUCAUCGCCGCGUGUUCUCUCACGGUCAGAUUCCGGUGGAGGGCGAGGGUGGCGGGAAAGUCGAAUUCAAAGGCCACAAACGCUCGGGUUCCAAAACCGAGUUCAUUUUACCGCCGGGCCAUGAAGAGCGGGAACGGAAGCGGUCGGCUUCCAGCACAAAUGCGCCCGUUCUUCAACGGACCGGCUCGCACAAGUCGGGUUUGGGCCCGGGUUUGGUUCCCGGCGUGAAUCGACCCGCCUCGAACUUUCAUCGACGGCAAGCGUCACGAUCGGAUUCGUUGGCUUUUAGCUUCCGCGGUCACUCUCGUCAGGCCUCGCGGACGGAUUCGAUUUAUACGCUUCGUCAAACCACCACGAAUACCCGGAGAAAGAUCUUUUGCUUUCGUAAGAAAACCCUACUCGAUAGUGAGCCCAAGCAUCGAACCGUGCGACCCAAUCAUUGCAUUCCGGCCGAUGCCAGUGUUCAAGAUCAUCCGAACCACCGUUACUUGAACAACUUUGUCAGCACCACCAAGUACACGAUCUUGUCGUUCCUACCGAAAAACUUGUUCGAGCAGUUCCAUCGCUUUGCCAACCUCUACUUCCUCUUUAUCGUGCUUUUGAAUUGGGUGCCCGCCAUCAAUGCCUUUGGCAAGGAAGUGUCCAUGAUUCCGGUGAUUUUUGUACUGGCUGUCACGGCCAUCAAGGACAUUUUUGAAGAUCGACGACGUUAUGUCAGCGACAAAAGAGUGAACAAUCUCACGUGUCGUGUCUACAAUGCUGCACAAUCUCGAUACAUGAAAUGCCUUUGGAAAGACGUGAAGGUGGGCGACGUCUUACAUCUGUCUUGUGAUGAGCUCAUUCCUGCCGAUAUUCUCGUUUUGCGAUCCUCGGACGAGCACGGAAUUUGUUACAUUGACACUCAAAAUUUGGAUGGAGAAGCGAACUUGAAACAGAGAGAGGUGCCUCGAGGAUUCGUGGAAAAGCAAAGCGACUUCACGCCCGGGGAUUUCCGGAGCACACUCGAGUGUGAUAUGCCCACUACGAAGAUCUACCGUUUCCAUGGGUCCAUCAUUCACCCGUGGGGUGAAAGAGUACCCGUGGGCAAGGAUAAUCUUCUCCUGCGGGAAUGCGUGUUGAAGAACACAAGCUUCGUGGAGGGUCUGGUUGUGUAUGCUGGCCAUGAAUCCAAGGCCAUGCUCAAUAAUGGCGGUCCCAGGUAUAAGCGCUCCAAAUUGGAACGUCAAAUGAAUUUGGAAGUCAUCUGGUGUGUGGUGAUUCUCGUGUUAAUGUGCUUUAUGGGUGCCGUGGGUUCUGGCAUCUGGCUGGGCUCGUUUGACAGCUAUGUGCCAUUUUUGAAUACACUGUCCUUGUCAGAAACGAAUCCGGCGUUCGAAGGGUUUCUUACGUUCUGGACCUUUGUGAUCAUCCUUCAAGUCAUUAUCCCGCUUUCCUUGUAUGUGACCAUUGAAAUGACCAAAUUAGCUCAGGUCUAUUUGAUGCAUCAAGAUCUCCAAAUGUAUGACGAGGCCAAAGACAAGCCCUUGGAAUGUCGGGCUUUGAAUAUCCCAGAAGAACUAGGUCAGAUUCAAUACUUGUUCUGUGACAAGACUGGAACCCUCACAGAGAACAAUAUGGUUUUCAAGCGAUGCGCUAUUGGAGGCGUGGAUUAUGGGCACCAAGUGGUCGAUUCUGCCUCCAAAACCUUAGGAACGGGUCGUCCUAGUUUUCCGAUGCCAAAUCAUACGCUCCAAGAGCAACUGGCUUCCAUUGAUAUAGAGAGACUAAUAGAGAGAAGAGACAAGAAGCUAGGCAACGUGCCGGAGGCUCACUCUGUCCAAGAUUUUUUCCUGCUAUUGGCAGUCUGCAAUACAGUCAUUGUGGCCAAGCACCCGCAUCACGACAACAUGAAUGAAUCUGGCAUCGUGGCUGUGUCUCAAUCGGCGAGCUGUCAAAGUCGAUUGGACCAUCCACCUCCAACAAGAUUGGCCAGAGCUCAAUUGGAUGAAGUCUCCGAAGAAAGGCAUGUGUCAUCGCCAUCACCCCCUCAAUCCUUCAUGUCCACUACCUCAUCCACGGCUCCGCUUCGUCCUAUCCCCAAUUUGACCACACCAAAGAGACCCAAUCGUCUCUUCGACUACUUCCCACCCACAGCCAAGCCCCUUUCGCCAAUUGCUGCCUCCCCGGAAACAACCCCGACCGAAUCUCCCUUUCCCAGACCCAAGUAUCUUCAGUUGCCCAAUAUUCUUCAGCCCAUCUCAAAGUUAGUUUCCCAAGGAUCGCUAGUCUCGCUAGGCAAGAACACUUCGAGAUCGGCCACGCCCACUCAAGCGCUAGGCUCGGAAGUCAGGCCAAUCUACGAGGCAGAAUCGCCCGACGAACUGGCCUUGGUGGAUGCCGCAUUCGCCUACAAUUGCCGUUUGAUCAAACGAACCCCUGGUCAAGUCGUCGUUUCUCUGCCUGGCGAGGGUAUUGUCGAUUUCGAAGUGUUGCACGUGCUCCCAUUUGAUUCGGUUCGGAAGAAGAUGUCCGUCAUAAUCCGACAUCCGCAAUCGAAAGAGAUCAUCCUCUUCACUAAAGGGGCCGACAGCUCCAUCCUCUCAUCAAUUGAAGAGUCGUCAUCGGCCACGCCGAUUGUGGAGAAAACCAAAGAGGAACUAGAGUCGUAUGCCAAAUUAGGUCUAAGGGUCUUGGUGAUGGGCAAACGCAUUCUCUCUGAGGCCGAGUACGCAGAAUGGUCACGGAAACACAACGAAGCCGAGAAUUCAUUACAAAUGCGAGAGCGCCUUUUGUUCGAGUCCUUCAAUCGCAUUGAAAGCAACCUCCAAGUCCUGGGGGCCACGGGUAUCGAAGAUCGACUUCAAGAAGGAGUGCCAGAGAGCAUCGCCAAUCUCAGGCGAGCUGGAAUCGUGGUGUGGGUUUUGACCGGAGACAAACAAGAGACAGCCAUUAACAUUGCCUACUCUUGCCACUUGUUCUCCAACAACAUGGAUAUCAUCAUGCUCAAUGCCAAGAGUCGGGAUGGGGCCGAAGCUAUCAUUAAACGUCACUUGGACUCGCUCAAGCUAGAGCAAGAUGCCAGUCCAUUGCCGGAUGCCAAGGAUCGAGCUCUGGUGGUUGAUGGCAAGACCCUGAUUUACAUCCUAGACAAACGUGCCAAACUUCAAGAGAGCUUCCUCCAGCUCACGUCGUUCUGCAGUUCGGUGAUGUGCUGUCGUGCCACGCCCCUUCAAAAGGCGUACAUUGUUCGCAUUGUGAAGGAAGAACUGAAGAUGCACACUUGCGCCAUAGGUGAUGGGGCCAAUGACGUGUCCAUGAUUCAAACCGCGGAUGUGGGGGUCGGGAUCUCGGGUCAGGAAGGGAUGCAAGCCGUGAUGGCCUCUGAUUUCGCCAUAUCGAAAUUUCGCUACAUCGAGAGACUGCCUUUGUUUUCGUGUGCUUCUGGUUCCAACUCUACUGUGGCUUCUCAGGGGCCGUAAUGAUCGACCAAAUGUACCUUAUGCUCUACAAUCUUCUAUUCACGUCCUUACCGCCCACAAUUAUGGGGAUUUUUGAUCAAGACGCUCCAGACCCCGUACUCAUUGCUCGACCUACUCUCUACAAGCAAGGUCGUCUGGGCUCUGUCUACAAGCCAUACUCGUUUUGGAUCAAUAUGGGCGAUGCUCUCUAUCAAUCGCUCGUCAUCUACUUUGUGGCCCAUUGGACCUACGCAGACACGAAUGUGGACAUUUGGGAAUUUGGCACCGUGAUAUGUACCGAAUGCCUUUGUGUUCAGAAUUUGCAUUUAGCCAUUGAAACGAAAUCUUGGACAAUCAUGCAUUGGAUGUCGAUUAUUUUGUCGUUCUUCAUGUAUUUUGGUUUCGCCCUCUUUUACAACGGCAUUUGCGUGGAUUGUUUUGGAAGCAGUUCGCCCUUUUGGGUGAUUCAACAUUCGAUGGGCACCCUCCAUUUCUGGGUGAUCUGUCUCUUGGCCAGUGUUCUUGCCCUUCUCCCAAGGAUCUUUUGCCGAACCGUACAAAACUCACUUUUCCCGACUGACGUGAUCAAGGCCGUGAUGACGCAAGACCCUCUAUUGGCACGCCCACAUUCCACACUAGACUCAAAGAACAACGUCACAACCACAGAUCUGAGACCCGGGACCUAUCAAGAAAUGUCGAUUUUGGAUCCUUGA